UCACUAGCAAUUUGGUGUAAAAUGUUCUCUCUGACAUGCGUAAUUAACAACGAGAAUAAAUGUAUUACGCACAGAAGCGGGCGUGGUUGCCUGCCAGCUGCUGUGGUCUGGAGGGGUGAUGCUGAUGGAUUUGGUUUGACAGAUCAGGGUUAGCCGCCGGGGGAGUCCAUUUUCUUGCCGAGUCCUCACCGAGGCGCUCACUGGCGGAGCCUCUCUUGUUAGGAUACGCUCAGCACCUCCCCAGCUGUGUGACACACAGACCGUGUAUCCCUUAUACCCCGCUGCCGUGCACGGAGGAGAAAAGCACAACAACCCACUGCACCGCAUCAGCAUCCAGGAAAACUUCAGGUUGCCGCACCCAAGGAAUAUGAAAUGCAACCAUUUUGUUGUAUUGCGAUGGGUUUGCCACUGCCCUCCCUGAGCUGGAGCAGCUUUGUGUGCAAGGAUACCUCGCUUGACAAGGAAUAGCACCUGGAGCUACUUCGCCGAGAGAGAAAAGUCAAAAGAGGAUAUUGCCACAAACUGGAUUACAAAGUACAAGGACCACACACCGAUCUGACGCAUCGCUUAUGAUCGGAUUAAAAUAACAAAGCGUGCUUGCUUUACAAGAAUAUACAGGAAGUUUGUUUACAGGUGGCGCAAGUAAUGACACGAGAUUUAGUCUGCAUUUCGCCGGCGUUUAUGGGGUUGAAUCAGACCAGAUUUUCAUUCAACUACUAAAAUAAUAUCUAGAUUAAAUGGCUCGGACAAUGCAGAUGUUGCUUGGACAAGCGGUGCUGCUCUUUUGGGGAAACGUUUAUGUGGUAUCGUUCAGGAAUGAUGGUCCCAUACGAACCAAAGACACUGAGAAUGAUUUUUGCAACAGUACAUGCAGAGCAGCCUUUGGCUCCAACGGAGAAAGUAUCACUCAACACAAACCUAAAGCCGUUCACAGUACAGAGCGCCACGCCACAGGUGUGCCCUUGAUGGUAGCCAACGGGUCACCAGUGAAGAGUGUAGAUGCAUCAUUCUCUAAAAUCCAUCAUGUUACUGUAAGAGAGAUUAAGCACGCCGGGCAUAAACAUCUCUCAAGUAACGGAACAGAAAGAGGAGAAGGCUCAGUCGAAACCAAAAACAAGCACUCAAGGCGACACAUGAGAAAAAAGUUGAAUAGCGAGAUGCCUGCUGCCAUGGGAACGCCAGGUGGACAUAAUAACACUAAGCCCCCUUCAAUGAGCAGGCGAGGACUGCACAAGAGGAACCACCGAAGGAAAAGAGGAACAAAAGACGACGAAAAGAAAGGACACAAAAGCGGGAGAAAAGGGAUAAACACCAGCGCCGCCGCUUUCACGCGCCCUGAAACUUCUGUCAACGUGUUGAGUGCCCCUUUCACUAUGUGGCAGCCUCCGCCAAAACUCAUGGCCCUUACGUCCACAAAUUUCCCGUUCGAUUUGACCAAGAGUGGCGAGUAUCACACUAAGCAAGAUGAAGAAGAGGACCCGUGGGAUAUGACCCCUAUGACACCUCCAUAUGAGCUGGAUAAUGAGGAGGAAUAUUUCCCAAAUCCCUUCUAUCCAGUCACAAGAGAAACAUUUGGAGCAUACGCCAUCAUGUGUGUGUCCAUCAUCAUUUUCCUGGUCGGAAUAGUCGGUAACAUUGCAAUAAUGUGCAUUGUUUGCCACAACUACUACAUGAGGAGUAUCUCUAAUUCUCUAUUGGCCAACUUGGCCAUAUGGGAUUUUGUAAUGCUCUUCUUCUGUCUGCCUCUUGUGGUUUUUCAUGAGCUGACAAAGACGUGGCUCUUGGGCCAGUUCACUUGUAAAGUGAUACCAUACAUUGAGGUCGCCUCACUGGGCGUCACCACUUUCACCCUGUGUGCGUUGUGCAUCGACCGCUUCCGCGCCGCCACCAACGUGCAGAUGUACUACGAAAUGAUCGAGAACUGCACGUCCACCGCCGCCAAACUGGCCGUCAUCUGGAUCGGCGCCCUCCUGCUGGCGCUGCCCGAGCUUCUGAUCCGCCAGCUGGUGACGGAGGACGGCGGCCUCCCAGAGGCCCCGGUGACCGUGGAGCGUUGCGUGGUGCGCAUCUCCACCUCGCUGCCGGACAUGCUCUAUGUGCUGGGCCUGACGUACAACAGCGCGCGGCUGUGGUGGUGCUUCGGCUGCUACUUCUGCCUGCCGACGCUCUUCACCAUCGGCUGCUCACUGGUGACGGCGCGCAAGAUCCGACGGGCCGAGCAGGCGUGCGCCCGCGGCAACAAGAAGCAGAUCCGGCUGGAGAGCCAGAUGAACUGCACGGUGGUGGCACUGGCCAUCGUCUACGGCGCGUGCGUGGUCCCCGAAAACAUCUGCAACAUCGUGUCGGCGUACAUGGCGGCGGGUGUGCCAGAGAACACCAUGGAGCUGCUGCACCUGCUCAGCCAGCUGCUGCUCUUCUGCCGGGCGGCGGUGACGCCGGCCCUGCUGCUGUGCCUGUGCCGGCCGUUCGGCCGGGCCUUCCUGGAGUGCUGCUGCUGCUGCUGCGGCGAAUCGUGCGGCCAGGCGCGCUCCUCGGUCACCACCAGCGACGACAACGAGCACGAGUGCACCACCGAGCUGGAGCUGUCGCCCUUCAGCACCAUCCGCAGGGAGAUGUCCAACUACACUGCUGUGGGCUCACACUGCUGAGGGGGUUUCGAAGGGAGUGCGGGUGGUGGGGUGACGGGGAUAUGUGUGGAGGUCUAUGAGACCAAAACACAUACAGCAAAGCCAGCUAGACCAAACCAUACACAUAGUCCACAUACCAUACAUUACAGCACAUAAAUAAAGCUCUUGUACUGUACAUUACUGUGCCAAUACACAUACAU